AUGUCGACAGGUCGUACCCUUACGCCAAAACCACAUGAUCCCUCCCAGAUAAAUGCCACAAAGGGCCCAGACUUGGAAAAGAACAUUCAAAAGGAAGUGAUCCCGCAAUGGAAAAAGAACAAGGCCCCUGAUGGCGGACUGGCUGCUUGGUCUGUGGUCCUAGGCUCAUGGUGUGUGCUAUUCUGCACCUUUGGAUGGAUCAACAGUGUUGGAAUUUUCCAAAAUUACUACGAGUCAACUUUACUGCGCCAGUAUUCAGCUAGCACAAUUGCUUGGAUCCCAUCUUUACAGAUAUUCUUCAUGUAUGCUAUGGGCCCCAUAUCCGGUCAUUUGUACGACAACUAUGGGCCCCGUUACUCAAUCUUGUUCGGAUCGCUUCUUCACGUCUUCGGCCUGAUGAUGUGUUCCAUCUCGAAGAAAUACUAUCAGAUAUUACUCUCACAAGGCGUAUGCAGCGCCAUUGGAGUCUCAAUCAUCUUCCAACCCGCGACUAGUGUCAUUCCAGGUUGGUUUGACAACAGGCGUGGCAUAGCUUACGGUCUGAUGUCCACCGGGUCCAGUAUCGGGGGAGUAAUUUUCCCAAUCAUGAUACAACGGUUGAUCCCGGAAGUGGGAUUUGCGUGGGCCAUGCGUGCUGGAGCUUUUGUGAUCUUACUUCUCCUUACAAUCGCCAACUUGACGAUCCGAUCCCGGAUACCUCCAUCACCUCGGCCCGUAUCACGGGCUGCGUUGACACAGCCAUUGAAAGAGCCAAAGAUGCUCCUGGUAAUUGCGGGUUUUACUCUUCUGACCUUUGGGGUGUACAUACCCAUUGAUUACCUCGUCGUUGAGGGACUCUCGAGUGGCAUCAAUACCAACCUCUCUCAGUGCUUGCUGGCGAUUCUGAAUGCUGGAAGCUUCUUCGGCCGCCUUGGGGCUGGUAUGGUUGCCGAUCGAAUUGGGACAUACAAUGUCUUCGCCGUGGUAUGCUAUCUAGCCGGGAUAUUUAUUAUUGCCAUUUGGAUCCCCGCCACCAGCACUGCAGGAACUAUUGUAUUUGCCGUUCUUUUUGGAUGUUGCUCAGGCGCAUAUGUCUCGUUAGCAGCAGCUCUGGUGGUCAAGAUUUCACCCUUGCCGCAGAUCGGAUACCGAGUGGGCCUGAUUUUCCUCUUCGCUUCCAUAGGCGGGUUGACGACCAAUCCUAUUGCCGGUGGUAUUCUAUCUCAUGACAAUGGGUCCUAUCUUGGAAUAAAAGUGUUUGCCGGUGUUCUUCUGCUAGCCGGGACAACCUGUGUUUUCGGAACCCGAUUGCUGCACACCGGACUGAAAUUGGUUGCGAUAUUUUGA